AUGGCAACGGCAAACAACAGAGCAAAAUGUUCUAUUUGUAACAAAGCGAAUACAACGUAUGUUUGUUCAGGAUGUUCAAAAGGUUUUUGUUUUCAACAUUUAACAGAGCAUCGACAAAUUCUUGGCAACAAAUUAGAAGAAAUUGUUAGUGAUCAUGAUCAAUUUCAACAAACGAUUAUUCAAAAAAAACAAAAUCCAUUAAAUUCUUCUUUAAUUCAACAAAUUAAUCAAUGGGAAACAGAUUCAAUUGAUCAAAUUCAACAAACAGCAAAAGAAUGUCGAGAAACACUGAUGACUUUGACAGAAAAGUCGAUCAACGAUAUUGAAAACAAGUUUAUUGAAUUAUCUCAGAAAUUAAAAGGAAUUCGUGAGGAAAAUGAAUUUAAUGAUUUUGAUUUAAAUAAUUUUCAAUUACAAUUAACACAAAUUACAGAAGAAUUGAAUAAACCAUCAAAUAUUUCUAUUCGACAAGAUUCACAAGAAUUUAUUAAAAAAAUUUCAGUUAUUUCAUCACCAUUCGGAUCAAUAAAUGGACUAGUUUUUGGUAGUUUAGUAAAAUUUGGUUGCUCUGGCUCCGGUGGACAAACAACAGCAAAUACAAAUUCAGCAUUUUCAAUUGGAUCAACAAAUCAAUCGAUUUUUGGUAAUUCAUUAAAAUCUGGUUACCAUGGCUUCGGUUAA